GGAGAGCGAUGGAGAACGACCGUGAUUCCCGCCAGGAAUCCCAGAAGUCAGCGUGUGUCUUUGCUGCCCACUACGGACCAGAGAUGGAAGUGGCCACAAGAUCCUGUCGGGCUAGAAAGAGGAAGGGAAAGCGGCGCUGCCAGCAACCAGCACAGGAGCACCAUGCAGAAAUGGCCUCCAGUCUUGGCAACCUGGUCCGUGCAGCUGAGCAGAUGGAGGAGACCAGGCAAUCACCCCGUCACCUGCACGGCUCCGAGCUGGCACUGCACGACCACAGUGAUUAUUGCAUCCCCGAGGAGGCAGAAGCACUGAAGAGGCUUGUCAGGGAGUUAAGGGGCACAGUGCACCACCAAAGCGAGCUCCUUUUCAGCCUGCGGGGAGUGGUGGAAGCCAGCCAGAAAGAAUGUCAGGAACUGCGGGAGAGCACGGGUGAGAGCUGGACUCUCCUCUCGGACCUCGGAGAACGCAUUUCACAGCUUGAGGCGGAGAAUCGGAACCUGCGCUGUGAGCGGGACCAGCUGGAGCACACCAGGCAACGCUUAUGCAGGGAGCGGGACGCCAGCGGUGCUGCUGUCCUCUCUCUGAGCAGGCAGCUGCAGGGACAGCAAGACGCUCAAGCCCAGCACAGGGCCUUCUCUCUCGAGAGCAUCAAGGGACACAGCAAGUGGCUGCGGUUCUACACGGGCUUCGAUGAAUACUCCCGCCUUGCGGCCUUUCUGGACUUCCUUCUCGAUGGCAAGGGGAGCCCCGAGAACAGCCCUCACAGCGCUCUCAGCCCCGAGAACCAGCUGUUCUUGGUGCUUGUCCGCUUGCGCCUGGGGCUGCUUCUACAAGAUGUGGCCUUCCGGUUCCACAUCUCCGAAUCCACGGCAUCCCGCUACUGGCUCAGCUGGAUGGAGAUCAUGGAACAAAGGAUGAGGCAGAUUCCAGUCGCCUGCAGCCGGCGCUACGUAGACAGCUUCAAGCCACAGCGGUCCCUCAUACUUCAUGAUGUGCCACUAUUAGCUUUGGACUGUGCAGAGCUUUUCCUCGAAGCCCAGGGACGGACACGGGGCAAAGGAGAAACUCCCUGGGGCACCAGAGCCCGCUAUUCCAUUCCCGGCUACGCGCUGGCGGCUCCCAGCGGCUUCUUAACCUUUGGUGCGGGAACUGGCGAGGAGCUGCCCACCCUGCCCCCGUUCCUGCAGGCCGGACCCGUGCAGCUGAUGGCGAGGCAGGAGGCAUCCAAGAGGCAGGUGCUGAGCUUCCGCAGCCUGACGGACAAGGCUUUCAGCUUCCGCUUCCUGCGCAUCAUCCAUCCACAGAACAUGGAAGGCCAAGUGGCCAGGGCAUGGACCAUUGCCUGCUACCUGGCUUGUCUGCUGCAUGAACCCAUGGGGCUAGUGUAGCGCUUGGCCUCCUGCAUCCCCAGUGGGCUUCGCUUCGUUUACCUCUUACAUGAGUGCUGCCAAAUGCAGCUACUGCUGCCCCCGUGCGACUCUACCCCCAAGACCUAUUUGGUGCUUUGGAGUUCCCAAUUUGAAAUCAAUACAUAUUCAGAAUGUUUCUGCAUCUGCUUCUUGUCUACCACACAUAACAAGCUGACAGCCAUUCCUGAGGAUGUGGGUUUUCUGGCAGACACUGCCAUUCAAUUCCAGGAUUUAGUACUACUUUGAUCUUAAAGGGUUUCCCUAAAUUGCUUGCCUAAAUGAGGGCAAAUCUAGAAGUACUAGCAAGCCUGUGUUCUCACUUGUCUCCCGGGGAUCUUAGAAGGCCUGGUUCUUCUCACCAGUCCCUCCUUUCUUAAGCAAGCCACUCCAACCAGGCAACCAUACAGCAUCUGUUGGACAUGAACAGUCUUCUAAAUAACACAGCCCCCCCCACCACCCCAUUACUAGCCUGCAGAGUGCAUGGAGAGGGGUUCCCUCUUCUGACAGCCACCUGUUCCUCUACUGGGUGCCAUGAAGGAAAGAGAGCGCCAUCUUUCCUCCACCUGCCUCUUCACUGCACUCACCUACACAACAUCUAAUGCACUUGCUUGUGUGCAAUUCCUGGCAGCCAGCAACCAGGGUAGCAGAGAAACAUAGAAACGGAGCGAGUCAGAAGGGGCCUCCCGGGCUCCGUCUAGCUCCAGCUGGCUCUGCUCACGACAUGCCCACCUUAUCUAUUCCUAGCUGUGUGCUCCAUGGAGCUCUCAAACUACAAAUGGAAUGGCUGUGAUUUAACCUUUUCAAAUGAUGGGAAGAUUCCUAUAGGCAAAAAAAGGAAAAUUGGCAAGCAUCUGUCAGCUUUAUCAGCUUUGCUAGUUCCUCUUUUCCAACUGAGAGCAACAGCCUUCCCUUUGUUUUCACUCAUGGUUCCUUCAGGUUUAAGACACUAUUCCAUGUUUGUCCACUUUGUUACUGGCAUAAGCGCCCAAGGACACCUACGAAGCCCCCGCAACUGCUUCCCAUUAAGAUGGCCCUCUUCGCAGGCACUCUCUCUGAGCUGUGAAAUGUACUCCAUUUCCAAAAUAUUUCUAUCACCAGACUAGUCGCAGCAAUAAUUUCACUAUUCCAUCCCACCCCUUUAUUCACUGAGGAAUCUUGCCAAGGUAUGUUCAGUAAAGACUGUGCAAAGACACAAAUCAGACUGAGUGUGUGUACUCGUGCCUCCUGUUUAGCAAACAAUACAGUAUCU